AUGACAACAUCAGAGAACACAACAACUGCUAUCGUUCAUGAAGCCAUAAAUGAAGAAUAUGAGUACAUACAGUUUAACAAACAACUCCGUCUCAUUCGUUCGGUCAAAGACGAUAUGUACCAAAUGCAAAGUAUUUUGACAGCAUGUUUUGCUCCAGACACUAAACACGCAGACGACUGGUUCAAAAACCAAAGCACACAAGAACUUUUGAGUGAAGCACAGCGAGACCGACUUUUUUCUGAAAACAGUGAAGAACAGCGAGACCGACUUCCUUCGGGGUCGCCUAAAACUCAUGAAAACAGUGAAAUUUCUCUAGACCGACUUUUAUCGGCCUUGCAUAAAACACAUGAAAAUCGUAAAAAUUUGCCAAUAAAUUUAAGAGGUUGGUAUGUACAUAGACUUCUUGUAAAUGCUGUUGCAAUGUGGGCUUCUCCUCGUUAUGCAUGGCAUGUUUACAGACUUCUUGACGAAAUUCAUAGACAAGAACGUGAAGAGCUAGAGAACAAGCUUGAAUCCAAAGACAAAAGCAUACAGAAAAGAAUACCACGUUCGGUACCAAAAGGAAAGGAAAAGAACUAUAAGUAUAUGAUUUAUACUGAAGAGAUGGAAAAUGAAGAAGACAGAGAUAUGGUUAUGUUGCAUUUAGUUAGAAGAAACAACAAGAGCUUUUACGACCUUGCUAAGAUUUACAAAUCUGACAGAAAUUGGUUCUAUCGCGAAAACUUACCGAUUUCAAUGACCCCAAAUGAAGAUGUGAAACAAAUAGUUCAAGAUACGUUACCUCAAACACACUAUAAUAUUAAAGGUUGUACAAUUCUUACCUUCAAAGAAGACUUACCGCUACUGAAAGAAAAAAUAACAGAGUAUUUCGAUAACUUCAAAGAGGAAGAAUGA